AUGUCAUUUUGUGAACCCGAGGACUGCGGCAAAAGUUUGAAUCCUGCCGUUGACAUUGGCCAGAUCGAGGGCAGCUUGAUCCAAGCUUUGGGUUUCUCUCUUUUGGAAGAGGAAAGUCGAGGCAAAGAUGGACGCCUUAUCAACUGUGGCACCUGGGACUACAAAGUGCCCAGCGGAAGAGAUAUUCCAGUUCGUUUAGAUGUGGAGUUGCUGCCCUGCGAAAAGCCUGAUGCGCCUGUUCUGGGAUCCAAAGCCUCUGGCGAGCCCGUGCCACGGCGAUUCAAUGGAGAACGAGUCGACGAGCAUUGCUUCAUUGGAAUUCAUUCCCCAUGA